GGGCGGGGCGUGGAGGGCAGCGCGAGGCCCGUGUUAGCAGCAGCGGUCAGAGCUGAGCGGAGCUGCGGGGAACUGUCGCUGUUCAGGGCCGAGUAGCGACCGAAACUUCACUACCAAGAUGUCCGACGAGGAGCAAGAGCAGACCAUAGCCGAGGACCUGGUGGUCACCAAGUACAAGAUGGGGGGUGACAUCGCCAACCAGGCUCUUCGUCUGGUUGUGGAGGCUGCCAAGCCCGGGGUGUCUGUUCUCAGCCUCUGUGAGAAGGGGGAUGCAUACAUCAUGGCUGAGACCGGAAAGGUCUUCAAGAAGGAGAAGGAAAUGAAGAAAGGCAUUGCCUUUCCCACCAGCGUCUCAGUCAAUAACUGUGUUUGCCACUUCUCUCCCCUGAAGAGUGACCCUGACUACACACUUAAAGAUGGGGAUCUGGUGAAAAUAGAUCUUGGGGUUCAUGUCGACGGCUUCAUUGCCAAUGUUGCUCACAGCUUUGUUGUAGGAGCCAGUAAGGAGAACCCCAUCACAGGUCGCAAAGCUGAUGUAAUCAAAGCGGCCCAUCUGUGUGCAGAGGCAGCUCUUCGCCUUGUUAAACCUGGUAACCAGAACACUCAAGUGACAGAAGCCUGGAACAAGAUCGCUCAGUCGUUCAAAUGCUCACCUAUUGAGGGCAUGCUGUCUCAUCAGCUAAAGCAGCACGUCAUAGAUGGAGAGAAGACCAUCAUCCAGAACCCGACAGACCAGCAAAGGAAGGACCACGAGAAGGCAGAGUUUGAGGUUCAUGAAGUCUAUGCUGUGGACGUCUUGGUCAGCACCGGAGAAGGGAAGGCCAGAGAUGGAGGUCUAAGGACCACCAUUUAUAAGAGGGACCCCAGUAAGCAGUAUGGCUUGAAAAUGAAAACCUCUCGUACGUUCUUCAGCGAGGUGGAACGACGCUUUGAUGCCAUGCCCUUCACUCUGCGGGCGUUUGAGGAUGAGGCCAAAGCCCGUCUGGGUGUGGUGGAGUGUGCCAAACAUGAGCUGCUACAGCCCUUCAGCGUGCUGCAUGAGAAAGAGGGAGAGUUUGUAGCUCAGUUUAAGUUCACAGUGCUGCUGAUGGCCAACGGGCCUCACAGAAUCACCAACGGACCCUUCGACCCAGAGCUCUACAAGUCAGAGCAUGAAGUUCAGGAUCCAGAGCUAAGGACUUUACUACAGAGCUCUGCAAGCCGCAAAACACAGAAGAAAAAGAAAAAGAAGGCCUCAAAGACAGCAGAAAAUGCAACUGGACAGCCAACUGAGGACACAGAAGCAGCAGGAUAAAUAAAUAAUGAAAUACUGCCAAUCCACACAUGGAAGACCCCACAGAGAAGCAAGAGAAGACAUGACAAAUUGCCCCACACUCUCUGCCCGCAGCACUCACCUAGUACAGUUGAUUUCACAAAUUAAACUGAUGAAUUCAUGAGAACUUUGGCAUCAGUUGAAUAUUUGAAGAUCCUACACAGACGCUUAACCCUUUACUGCAUUGAAGAAAAGAACCGUGGGAGGAUUUUUGCUGUGUUUUUCUUACCUAACUUCAGUAGGAAAUAAAGACUAUUUGCAAAUAGUUUUACAUCUUUGAAAAGACUUGUUGCCAAAUGGUAAAUGUGCGACUGGUGCCUGUUUUUUAAUUAAAAAUCUUUUGGUCUUCUUCGCGCCUGUAUUGCAGCUGAAAAUGUCCUGUUCAGUAAAACUGAAGUGGGCAUUAAUGGGAGUGAAUCAGUCUGUGUUGUGUUUUGGUCUUUUUUUUCACCUGAGUAAAGAGUUAUUAAAUAGAUGCUUGUAUCAUAUUUGUCAUCUAAUUGUAAAGGCAUCAGUGUAUCUGAGGCCACCAGGGACUCACUGUUGCUGGGAUGUUUCGACUGAACUGUUGCACAUUGUUUCCCUUUGGCAACAAAUUUAAAACAAGUUCUCUCAACUUGUAUUUAAACAAUAAUGUAUUGUCAAAAUUAAUAUCCAGAUGUGAUUUGGAAGGUUAAGAGAACCUUGUCUCCUCAUAAGAGGAUGAUGAUUUUAGUCAUCUGCUGCUUUAUUACACAGCUGAAAAUGUUUAAUCAAAAAAUAACUUCCUUGACCACACCAUGCAGUAAAGGGUUAAAUUAUGAAUUUGUACCACACAUGAAAUGACAAACUAGAAAUAAUGUUGCAGCACUUCCAAAAAUGCAGCUCAGAAUUGACAGUAAUUACAAGGAUAGUGGUAAAAUAGAGGACUUUGGCUCCAGAGUUGAAUGUAAUGAGGGUUUUCUGGUUACUCUUGUACCUGACCACAUUUUUGGCUGAAACUACUUUUUAUUUCCUUUAACCACACUCAGCAAUAACCUGAGCAGAAGACCAGAAUAUUUUUAAGUAUACACACAAACACACACAGUUAUAAUCAGCUUGAGUUUAGGGAACAAACUGCUGCAUUUACUGCCAUUCCCCUUGAACUUUAUGAAAAUACAGAAAUCUUUAUGUUCCAGUUUGGAAAGACUUUUCUAUCUGUCUGUGACACCUGUUACUUGCUUUACUACACCAUUAGUCUUGUGAAACAUGAAACUAAAGCUGAUCAGUUUAGUUUUAAAAAAAGGGGGGGGGGGGGUAUGUGUGUCUUCAGUGGAGUUGGACCAGUCAGAGAUCAUUUCAGGUCUGAGUUUCAUUCAAAGGUCCAGGACAGCGUUGGGUCAGAUUUGUCACCGGUUGAAUAUGUUGAGAAAAGUAAAAUCCUGCUUUGUAGCUCGGUCAGUGGCUGAUGGAACUUUACAUCUAAUGAAAUAAAAACAUUUUCAUACA